UGCUCUCCUGAGACCAGUGUUCCAGCGUUACAUGUUACUCUUCUUGGUGGUGAGUGGAGUUCAUCUGCGGGUGGGUUGUCAACCAUAAACAGAGAGCUUGCUAUUCACCUUUCAAAUCAUUCAGCAGUGAAGGUUUCUUUGUUAGUCCCCGAGGGAGCUUGCAAUGAUGAAGAAAAAAAUGAAGCCCUUACCUAUGGAAUCACUGUCGUUGAGGCGAAGAGACGUGCUGCAUUUGAUCGUCUUCUUUGGUUAAGCUCACCACCCAAGGAUCAUAUCAUGGACAUUGUUGUUGGUCAUGGUGUAAAACUUGGUCGGCAGGUACAAUUCAUCAUAGACUCUGCUAAAUUUCCAAACUGUAAAUGGGUACAAGUGGUGCACACUGCUCCAGAGGACCUUAGCAGAUACAAAUGCUACAGUGACCCCAUUUCAAAAGGUGAAACAAAACACGAAUCAGAAGUUGAACUUUGCAAACUUGCUGAUCUUGUUGUGCCUGUGGGACCUAAACUGAAAGAAGCAUACACUUCAUAUUUGCAGCGAUGCAAGACAGAUCAAGACGUUUUGUCCAUUACCCCAGGCCUUUUUCAAAGGGAGUUUGGGGAUUUAGUAGCAAAACAAGAUCCUAACGAGGAUGGUGAAUUCAAAGUGUUGUUAUUUGGUCGUGGGGAUGAUGAGGACUUUGAACUCAAAGGAUACAACAUUGCUGCUAAGGCAUUUACUGAUCAACGGUUAAAAAACAAACCUUAUCAUCUAAUUUUUGUUGGAGCACCUGAAGGAAAGCAAGAAGAAGUUAGAGAAAACCUUCUACAGCGUGGUAUUGCAGAAGCACAGUUGACUGUGAGAAAAUUUAUUCAAAGUAGAGAGAGACUAAAAGAUUUGCUGUGCGAAGUUGAUCUUGCCAUAAUGCCGUCAAAAUCAGAGGGAUUUGGUCUUGUUGCACUUGAGGCCUUGUCUGCGGGACUACCCAUUCUUGUAGGCAGUAGGUCAGGAUUUGCCAAAGCACUAGAAAAUGUUCCGAUUGGUUUUUCAUGCAUCGUGAAUUCAGAUGAUCCUGCAGCAUGGGCAGAAGCAAUAGAAGCUGUUCGCAGCAGGCAUCGAAUGCGGCUUCAAGAGAUAAAAUCACUGAGAGCAUUGUAUGGGCAGAUGUACAGUUGGAAGGAGCAAUGUGAAGCUCUUGUGAACAGAAUGCAGAGAAUGGGUCAUGGUAAGAGCUAUUUGCUAAUUGCUGAUGUACUUAAUGAUUAUGUUGUAGCAGACAUUACACAUGGUAAGAGUUAUUUGUUUAGUGCUGGUGUACUUAAUCAGGGGCACCCAACGAGAAUAUCGCUCAAAACCACUUAAACAUAGCAUUGUUAAACGUAUUUUAGUAUUUAAACGGUAGAUAAAGGCAUAUUUUUAUCCCCUAAAAAUUUUUCAUCUGUUCCGAUUUCCUAGCUGAAAGUCUAGUGAUCCGAAAAUUAUAGGGAUCAAAACUUACCUUUUUCGAAAAUUUCAGCCAGAAAAAAGGUUCCUGAAAAUUCUAGGUGUUCUUUUUAGGGUACAAAUCCGUUAAAAAUGGGCAAUCAUACCAUAUUUUAGAUGUUCGAAAAUCGUAGCAGAGGCAGGCAAGCAAGAAAUCUUACAACAAAUGAUCCAAAAAUUCUAGACCUCAAAUCGUCUUUCGAACAGAUAUUCUCCGAAAAUUGUCGCUGGGUGCCCCUGCUUAAUUGAUCAUGUUGUACCAGACCUCACACAUGGUAAGAGUUAUUUGCUAAGUGCUCGAUGUACUUAAUCGAUUAUGUUGUACCAGACAUUACCCAUGGUAAGAGUUAUUUGUUAAGUGCUGAUGUACUUAAUUGAUUAUGUUGUACCACAGAUAUUACACUAAUAAAGUUUUCGUGGCACAACAUACGCAAAUGUAAGAGUGCAACGAUAGUCUUUCACAAGCACUGAAUACAUGUAGUUGUUUGACCACAUUUUCGAGUACAGUAAGUUCUCUUUGAAAAUUUAGUACAUGUGCGAAUUGUCCCAGAAUAUUUGGCCACUAAAUUGAUUGCUACAUAAAUAUUGCCAAGACAAUAAAAUAAAGUUUCUCUGUUUACAGCAAUAUUCGUUGUAUCGCGCUGCGCGUUUUCCAAACAUUGAAGGGAUUUUGGGUUUUCAAGUCACAACGCUUUUUUCCGAAAAAAAUGAGCAUAACUCUUGACUGUUUAAAAUAGCGAAGAAAAUCGCGAUAGUAUUUUUGCCGACGGAAGUAGGCAGACUUUGCUUUAUUGUUACAAGUGAGGCAGAGGAAAAGAAAGAAGGAAAAGAGAGAGAAUUCGGUUCACUGAAACCACGGGCGGCUGAUCUGUUCUCGAUGUUUAUUCAGCGCGCGCGAAGCCAAGUAAAUGACGUAAGUGUUGAAGUAAACUGUCAAAAAUAAACCAAUCAGAGGGUAUACCAGGAGCUGGUAUAUCGGAAUAAGGUAUUUAAAACAAUGCUUACAGGCUCCACCGCACUCUCUUUCCCCAGUCCUCACGCGGUUUUUGGCACUUUUUUUCGAUCCGUUUUCCCCACUAUCUUGGAGCCUGGAGCAGGCUAUUGUCAUAGACGGUCAUAGUCCUUAUUUACAGCACUUCACAUAUUUGAUUGUGGUUAUAUACACAUUUUUCCGGCAAUAGCAUGUUUUCUCCAUUUUGUUGCAACAGAAGAUCAUCUAAAGGCCCGGAACUCCUAAGAAACAAAGUGCAACCCUUCUCAGAGGAUGUAAGACAUUACUGAGAACCAUGAAGGCAUCUUCGCAGAAAGCAUGUCUAGAAAUCAUUUCUGUCCAUUCUUAACCAAGUGGAAGACGCAGGGUAGGCGCACUAAAGAAAGAAAAAAUAGGGACGGGGAGAGAAACGCCGACCGCUGAGUUCUAUCCAAAGGAAUACACAACCUAAUAUAUGCCUAACAAAUGUCGUCCCCGGGGAGGAAUGGGCACACCUGGAAUUGACUAAGCCUUAAGUUUCAAAGAGAUUAUUAUUGUAACCAAAGCUUAUUUUUGCAGAGCCCUCUAUGGAAAUUGACAGCAACCAAAGAACAAACACUUCUAACUUCGAGCAGCCUGUUUCAGAAACUUCCCUUAGUAGUGACUGUGAAAUGAUAGCUGAUGCUGCAUCAGGAAAUCCAACUAAAAUAUCCACGAAUACAGACUCUCAGUCUAAAAAUAACCGUAAGCGUAAAAUGCUUGAAUUCUCUUGUAAUCCAGGUAUGCAAAAACUUAGAGUUGUUUUUCUUGCUAUUGCUCAAUAGUACACUACUACAACUAAAGGAGGGAAGAGGGAAGUGAUUGUUAGACUGAUUACUCAAAGGUGCUUUUUCCUACAGGACUUGUUGUCGUUUACCCUCAUACUAUAGACGUUUAUUAUUGAUAAAUAGUAACACAUAUAUGGUGCCGAUAUCAAUAGACGCUUGAUAGGCGCCAUUUUCAUCAGUGGUUAUAAAAAAGUUUUUAACUAAAUAUUCAAAUAUAUUAAAGAUAUAAAUUAUGUCGAACACUAAAAUUAAAAAAAAUACUUUGCAUGCUAAAACUGUACUAACUGCUUAAACCCUACUAAAAACAAGUAAAAACGUUACAUCAAAUUACAUAAAAGCUUUCUGGAAUGAGGGAAUCAGGGACACCCAACGACUGUUUUCUGUAAUGCCGGCUAUCUCUUUGGAGAAGAAAAAUAUUGCCUAGAAUUUUCUGCUGCUUGAAUACGGCUAAUAAUUUCUAGAUGAGCGUUUCAUUCAGGUAUUAUUUUCGAAGCUUAUCUACAAAAUUCCCCACAAUUUUCUGAAGAUGAGUUUUUAUAUUUUACUCUUUAUGUUAGGCUAAUUUUUGUAGAAAGAGGACACCUAAAAGUUUCGGAUUCAAAAAUGUGAUGGAGAGAGGAAUAAGAAAAAUUAAACUUUUCGGGAAAAUAACACUGUAACCCUUGAAAUUUCGAAAAGCCUCAAAUUCCCGUAGGAUGACCGAACAGAUACAAUUUUUUUUAGCGCCACUUAUGAGGAAACCGUCUGUGGUUGUCCCUGAAAACUGGCAACUGAGGGGCCAAUUCCAAAGUUUAGGAGUAGCAACAGCAAAAGAGUGAUCUCCUAACGUGGCUUAAGUCCUGAAUUCUCCGCUAUGCCAUUAAAAAUAGCUUAGUGACAAAUAUAUGCGAACAAAACUCCCAAUUUUGCAAAUUGUAUCUUUCAUCGAAUUGCUAUAAACAAUAACAUUUCUUAGACAUUCAAGUAUGUGUCUAAUGUGAAUCUGUGAUAUCGCCCUAAAGUUCUCUUGUGGGGGCUUGGAUGAAUUUGUUAAUGCUCUUUGGCUAUAGUGAAUUUGCUUCUGUAGACAUUCUGUAAUAAUGAAUACCUUGACAAGAGCCGUCUCUUAAAUGCAGGUACAUCAAGUGAGGAUAGCGGAAUCUUUUUUAAGAAGCAAAUGCCCUCCAACAUAGCUAGUCAUGAAGGUGCAUCUUCCUUGGGAAAGGAAUCUCUUAACAGCUGGAGUAUGCAAAACAUUGCAGGAUCCACUUCUAGUAUAGGUAAAUGGAACAAGCUAAUUAUUUUGUUAGGUUGGGGCAGUGGUAAUGAAGGUUCGGGAAUAGUGUUUUUCUUAAAAGAUGGCCCACCUGGAUAUUAAGGGACAAAAACUUCAAAGUUUUAGCAUGUAACAAUGAUAUUAAAAAAACAGUCACCCUGUUAAACCCCCGCUUUUCGGAUAACUCGUCAUUAUGGACACUUUCCUUUGUCCCUGGGUAAAGCCCUAACAUUUUCUCUAAAUUCUCUUAAUACACGGGCAUCCCGUUAAUGCGGACAAUGGACACUUGUUUCUUGCCCAAUCAAUAGACUCUCGGCGACAAAAUUGUUGAGACGUUGUACUCAAAUAGGUUAACUUAAGAGAACAAAAGAAUCCACACCCCUCCCCUGUCCCCUCCAUUCGAAGUUGGGGAGUUUGUUGUUUUUUUGUAGGUAGCUCGAACAGCGGCACAACAUUGCACGGAGAGGAUGGGGGAGGAAAAGCUAUAUUUGCCCCUUUUGAAGUCAGUAAAACGUGAAAAAAAGCCCAGUUUAGGGCGAAGUGUCUCAACUCAUUUUGUCGCCGAUUGUAGCUAAUGCGGACACUUCAUCAUCAACUUUGUGCUGUAACAGAUCUUUCCUUUGUGAAGGUGAAAAAAGUCGUUCAGUUGACAGUAUUUUGAUGUUUCCAGCGCCACACUGCACCGGAUAGGUUGAUUUUUAGUCUUCAAUUUCAGCAUCCUUCAGGUUAUGCUUGCAGUUUUGAUUAAGAAAUCAGUAGAUGAAGGUUUUAUAAGUGUUUCCGUGGAUUUAAGAAGGUUAUAGGCGCUGGUACCCACAUUGGGUACUGGAAACUUGUCUAAAAUGACGCUGUGUGAGCUUAUACUUGGGCACAUAACUGAGUCUAUCCUCAUUGAAAUAGAUUCACUUCUCUUUGCCUUACCUUAAGAAUGCUUAAAACAUGGAAGUUGCAUUACUGGUAGCCAAAGUUCAAAAUAUGGGCGUCGUCUUUUGCGAAAACUUUGACACAAGGAUUUUUAUGGGUUGUUUCUGUAACCUACGUAUAUAUGUGGGUUGGGUAUCGUCUCUAUGUUUCGUACCAACUUGAAGAACAAUAGAUAACAUUUUUUUUUAAUUCAAGUGCUUUGUCAAAAAUGAAAUUUGGAGACAAUAUGAAUGAAUGAAUGAAUGGACACUUACAAGUAAACUCGAAAUUUGAGAAUACAAGGAUAAGUGUAGACUGUUCACAGUCCCCUAUUUUCCCGUUAAGAUCGUCGUAUCUUUUCCCCAAAUAGUAAACCCUUUAAAAGCCUGUUCACAGUGACCUAUAGUUGAGAUCGACUGCUUUGCGUUACUGGCGGCCAUCUUGGUUUCAAAUUUGCCUAGUGCCUAGGCCUCAUUAUUAUGCGAGGCCGAUGCGUUUCGGGUCACGUGGUCCGAGAAAGUUUUUGAGGCCUAGACAAACUCGGAGAAGUGAGACAUUUUGUCUCACUUGGGGCGGAGCUUUUGGAAGCGGGCGAGCUGUCAAUAACUUUUCCGCGCUGAUGAAAGAUGUCCAGCAGCCAUGGAGAGUACAGAGGAACGAAUAUUUUUAUUCUAUGCACGUUUUCAUUGUUGAAAGUCGUUUGGCCUUUCUUUUGCAUUUAUCUCAUUAAACUGAUUUGAACUUUAUUUCAUCUCAAAAACUAUUUGUAGGCUAAGCAAAACAGCGUCGCAAAAAAAUUAUUUGAUCAAGAAUCGGAAGGUAAGCUAAAGAAAUAAGUUUAUAUUUAUUCUUGGAGAUGAAAAGCUAUCUUUCGUUUCUCUAUUUUCGCUUGCUCCUAUAAAUUUCUCGUUAUCAUUUCACUUCGAAAUACUUUAUGUAAUUUAAUUUUUGGAUUUGGAAGCUUAUCAAACUAAUCGGACAGGCUGUUGAAUUUGGUCUCUAAAUUUGGUAGAAUGUCAACAAACUGCUGUUUCAAAUCUUUUUAUCAAUAAAGACCAUCGUUUUAAUGGUUCAUUUGAACAUGGAAUAAAAGAGAAAUUACUUGCACGUUAUACAGUAGUAUUCUUUCCGAUUCAAAGUAAUAUUUUUGUUCUUUUAUAACACGAACUAGGUUAGUUAUUUUUGUAAUAGUGUCAAUAGUGCCGAUCUUUAGAGAAAGAUACUCACGCGCAAAGUUAUUUAUAGAUUAUUUCAGUUGACCGUGUGGACUUUUCAAAAAUGCUCACGCAUGCGCACUCCGAGAUUGUCUAGGCGUCUCCCGGCCGUUCGUCUCGGAUACGUCACCGAAAUGCAUUGACCGAGAGGGCCUGAAAAGACGCCGUACAGGGACUAGGUAAGUUUCAAAUGUUCUAAAUCUAGCCCGGCGAUGAGUGUCAAAUCUACUUACGGGGCGGGGGACGGUUUUGCACAUGGAACUAAGAUGGCCGAUCGUACCGGUAAGCGCUCAAUCCUGACGGUCCCACGAAAAAGAAGGGGACAGUGAACAGUCUAGGAUCAGUGCUUUUGAAUUUCUACUUUAUUACCCUGCACGUUUACAACGACCUUAAAACUUGUAUGACAUAUAAAACAAUGAUUAAGAGUUGAUGUCAGUAAGGAUCAAAGAUCGGGCGGACAGAGCUCAAAAUUUGAUUUCCCUUAUACUUUGUACAUUGGUAGGCCCAGGUACUAUACAUAUGAAAUCAAGGUUUAUUUGGCUAAAUAUUGUUUCGUUUCAAAGAAAUUUGAUUUUAACUGUAAACGGUAGUUUUCGUCGUAAUAACCUUGAAAACUGCCAACUUUCAAGAAGUUAUUGAGUCAUUUAGUCGAUUGUUUUAAGGUGUCUUCACGGAUAUCCAGGUUAAUCUAAAGCUAUUUCAGUCCACUGAUCCCCAAAACAGCUCGCUAACGCUGCUCACAAAAAAUAUACGAUUUUUUAAAGAAGCCGCACUAACAUCCUUCUCGAAUUUGGUGGAAUGGCUGGUCAAAAGAACAUGUCAGAAAUGUGCGCGGUACGCAACGAAUCACACCAGAAAACCUUUUGGAAUUCUUUAAAAGGAUAGUUUUAACUUUCUACAAGUUUAUAUGUUUGGGAUCUUUCGUACUUUUUUGACAAAUACUUCUUAAAGUGAGCACAAUUCCGCCUUCCGUCAUCUUGGAAUGUGUUACAUUACCGAAACAGGCGAAACGGAAGUCACCGCUACGGCAUCGAACGGUACAUAUUUUUUCACCUCUUUUGACUAAAGAAUCUCCCAUAAGCUUUAAGAUCAACCAAAUUUACUUGUAAUAAAGUCCAAUGUCAAGAAAAAGCAACAAGAAACGCACCAUACUUCGGCGGUUACUGUCGACAAUCGUAGUCUGCAAAGACUAAAAGUGACUCCGUGCUGACUCUGCUUCAUUUUUAGUUUUGAUAAGUCUCAUUCCAUGGGCGCUUUUAACUCUCCAUCCCUCAUCUCGCAUAACAAUAUUCCAUGUGUCACGCAAUAUGUGUGACAAAUGAACCGGAAAUGAAAUUCUCCUCAAACUCCUUUCGGCAUUUUAAGAAACUUUCCUGACUUAACAAAGUGAAUCCUUCACUAAAACGGUCUUAAUCAGAGGCUUCAAUUUUUAAAUUAAAUUUAUGUGGGUAAAUUAAAUGAUCUCUACUUUAACUAUAAUCACACACAUAUCUAGAAAUAUCAAACCGAAACUACUAACAUCAUUUUUUUAGAAAUGACGGAGAAAAUGCAUGCCUUUGAAAAUCUAGUGAUUUUCACAUAUCAAUCCUUCGUUAAAUGAAAAAGAAAAAGAAAAAGUUAGGGUAACUAACGUCUUUUUCGUCACCAGAGCUGCUAUCAGUUUUUUUUUUGGCUGGUCAAAAACCACGCAAUCAGAUGAUAUGUACAAAGCCUCUGCUGAAAAACAAAAUUGGUUCGCAAUUCUUACACUCGAGCACAAGAGCACUCCUUAACGACCUGCGUAAUACGACUUAUAAGUGGCUUUUUUCGUUUCUCCGUGAUAUCAUCCACGUUUAAGCCAAUAUCUUCACAAAUGUCCCUUAGCAUAGUAACUGUUAAGGUAGAUAAUUUCUUUGUAUGAACCAAACUGCAAAUGUUACGGGAAAGGGCGACAAUGGGGUGACGUAAAGCAAUUUCUUAGCUGACAACUUCCUUUGGGUGCGAAUGUAAGGCCUCUGCCUCGACUGCACUCUGCUCUUCGUCUUCACUUCCACUUUCUUCGUUCGAUGUUGCUGACGUUUUUCGAAUCCUUGCUGCCAGUCUUGAGAAGAAUCCUGCCACCUGCUGUGGCGAAAGAAUAUCCUUUCCACUGAAAAUACAAGCACCCUUUUCGUCCCUCACUCUUCGCAAUUCUUGCGAUACCUUUUGUGGAUCUGCCUUUUUACCACACUCCUCCCCGAUGAGAAACUGUUCUGUGAGGAACUUUCUUUGUUCUUCUGUAAACUGGGUUCUACUCCUUGUUGUUUUAAGAGCCCAUCCCAUCUCAGGUGUGGAAUGUAGUUCGUCAACUGUGAGUUUUGAUGCCGCGUAGAAACCAAAGGUUGGAACUUUCGUUUGCUCUCCAGUUAUUCUCGCAGCGUAUCCUUUUCCUGCUUUGUCAAAGAGUGUUUUUUUUUCUAGCGCGCGCUUGUGCUUUCCUUCGUCUAAAUGUGCUUGCAAACUUGAGGACCGCUUGAAUGUCUGAAUACACCCAUCUUCUGGGCAGGUAAAGAGGCCGCUUACUUCCUCUUUCUCUUUUUCUACAUCCAUGUCUUGUCCUGCUGUCUCUUGUUGGUCAGGAUUACUCAGCCGUUGUUCGGACAAAGACUUUUGCGGCACUUCCUUUCUAGGAUUGAUUUUUCUAAAGCUUGACUGCUGAGAGCGGGUAUCAGGAGGCUCCAAAACUUCAAGUGUAGCAGGAAAGAUACCAUCGGUUUGAAUGUCCUUCCAUGGUACCAGCUUUCCGGGCCCGAUGUUAUAAGCCUUCCAUGUUGUGAUACCGUUUGGACAAAACUGGAAGUUAUUAAGCGUACAAAUUCCGUCCCAUUUGAUCACGUUUUUGCCAGCAGAUACUUCGGGAGGCUUCACAUACUUCACAAUAACGCCAGGAAUACUGCCAUUUGAUUCAAUGGCUUCUUUCAUCUGUGCAGCGUUGUUCACAUCGUGCCCCUCGUUUAAGUACACAUUGAUAUGUCCUUUAAUUUUUGCGACCUGGCGGUCGGCUUCUCCCUUGCCCCCUUGUGGAUCUGAAAAGUCGAACCUCUCCGCCUUGACAUCAGAAAGACUGUUCAACCUGCGUCCUACAAUUGUUGACCCACAAUGAUAACAUCCUGCGUUGUCCUGUUUGCAAUACGUACACUUUUUGCAGUCUUGGCCGAUGCUCCUUUAACAUCUCGAUAACAUCUUGUAAAAUGGCGGUUACUGCAACGCUAUCCUGAGGGCAACUCUGAAACAGGUGGACAAAAGUGAGCUUCUCAAGCGGGGCAUUUGCUUCUGAUCUUGUAAAAGCCACUGUGAUGUGCCAUGGAAUACCACGUUUGGCGAACCAGUCACACGCGAAACUUCCGCGGCAAGAAUUUCAUCGCCCAGUCCAUAACUAAUAAUGCUGAACUCCGACAUAGGACAUCUAACACGUCAUAUUUUGCUUGAUCCUGGUUAACUGUUCGGAGUUGGUGAGCUUUCCAUGCCAAAAUGUCCUUUUUAACUUGAACAGCAGCCAGAGAAAGUUGGCUUUCAUGUUUAUGACCAAUUAACUUAAAUUUAGCAUCAAUGCAGCCAAAACACAAAGUUAACUGUCUACUAAAAGAGUAACCAAAUAUUGAGAUAGCCUUAUCUUGUAAUCAGACCGCAGAUAUUGUUUGGCAGACCGAAGUGUUUGUUUCAUUUCCUUGGCCCAGGCUCGUGACUUUGCUUGAUCUGCUAUCUUGUCUACUAUCUCGCUAAGAUCUUCUAUUGCCUUACUGCCUUGUGCAGAGAAGUUAUCCAAGCCCUGCAGAGAGGUGCGCACUGACGCAGAGCAAACGUCUAGUACUUGGAGUUGUGUGUGCUUGCUCAUCGGAGUGAAAUCGGUCUCGGCACAAAACUGAAAAUACUGUUGUGUUAUCCGUUCUAGUAUUAGCAUCCGUACGACAUUAGGUGUUUUAAUCACCUCCCCUGUUGAAAGUUUCAGCAUCUUUUCUCCAAGUGGCAUGUCUUGUACAAUAUGGGAACUUGUAAUAAAGUCGAGAAAAUGAUCAACUUUGGCGAAAUCCACCUUCAUACGCGUAGUGAUAUCAGUAUGUACGAUUGCACCUCUAUCAUGUAACAGCCUAUGAUGCCGCGCGAUGUUAAAUCUGUAAGGCGUCACCCCGGGAAUGUAAUGCGUCAGUUCCUUGAGCGAUAGUUUAUCUGCCAAGAUGGACAAAAUUUGUCUUCUCGUGCUCCAGUGAGUUGUAUUUAAAUAGCUUUCUGCUAAGGCUUGUAAAAUUUCUUCUUCGGCUUGUGUUCUCUCAGAUGGUAAGUGUUCACCUAAUGUGGUCAAUAAUUUAUCACUUUGUCCUGGAGCAAUUACUUCAAGAACCUCUUGAACACUUUGUUUUGCUUUACGGCUGUACCUUCUCUUUGUGCGCUCGUUAGCACUUUCCCAUGGAACGGACAACUCAUGUCGAACAGGGCUAACAUCACGAGAGGCUAAAAAGUCGUUUAACUUUUUUAAAGGCUCUUUUGCCUUGUCUACUUGGCUUUUAUGCGGUGUGUUCUCAAAAUGAGAACCUUCCAAAUCCGAUUCUGGGAUGAAUAUACUCUCUCUUCUUUUCAUCAACAUGAAUUACUUGGGCUGCUGCAGUUUCUGCCUAAAAUUUCACAAAAAUUAAAAAGUCGGAAGUAAGACCCCAAAAUACUUCUUCUUCCAGUUUCGUUGUUGUCAGUACAAACAUAAAACAUUUUGAACGUACUCAAAAUUGGAUACAUACUAGCUGCGUACGGUUUUUAAUAUAACAAGGAAAGAUCUUUGUAGUUUGCAGACGUAAAUCAUAGAAUGUCAUGCUUACCAGAGUAAGCUCACCUAGAUGCUCUUUAAGUUCGUCAAAAUCUGAUUGUGGCAGACUGCUUUCAGGGGUAUGUGCUUGUUUCGUCAGGUUCUUUCGACGCAAAAAUGUUAACGCACUCUUUUUAUAUUUUCUCAUCCGCACUUGCAUUUCUGAUUUUUGCUAUGCCAUUUAUCAUUUUUACACACACCCCUCUCCCAUCGUUUUCUUUUUCAACCUUGAUUCAACUUACCGCUUGGCUGUAAUUCUUACUUUGCGAACCACAAAAGAAGAGAAAAAACAUAAAAAAACCGCCAGCUACGUAGACUAUAUGCGAGGCUAACCUUCGAAAUCGGUAAGGCGCAGCUUUGCUCCUUUCCAGAAAUGGCGCCGAAAUCACAGUUCUUGAGCGUGAACAAAAGCACUAUCCCGGGUAUGGUUUCCUUGCCGGAACAAAGAUAUCUUGCAUGGUGUCAACAUAGGGUUAAGGGCCUGUUGAAGUGAAGUGAGCCAGCCCGAUUAGCCCAGCUUGCCUGCUUUAUCCGGCUGGCUCGGCUUAUACCCUGUGUCCUUAUAAAAUUUUUGCUGUGUUUAUGUGAGAGACCAGGCUGACGAGAUACUGGUUGCCUAAGUAGAGAUUUCGGCAAGUGGGUAAGUCCGGCUUAUAUAUUAACAAAAAAGAAAUUUGAAAGGGAACCAAGGUAUUAGCCGAACCAUCCCAAUAAAACGGGCCAGCCCAGCUAACUGACCUGACUCACCAUUUAUAAACAGGCCCAAAGACUGCUGAUUUAACGACGGCAGAGAUGUUUGAUCUGUUAUAUGACGUCAUACGUUAUGAACAAAUGUUUUACCCCGCAAGUAUUACAAAAGAACAAGGAUUAUAUUUACCUGAACCAACUGGAAUGAAUUCACCAGUGGCUUCCAACAUGUACUUUGACUGAGCCAAGCCACAACCCCGCUAGGCAUUUUUCUUGGAUUCUUUACUGUGUCCAGAGAGUUUGCCUGGAACACUGCAUACCCGCUUAGACCUUCGCCACCCAAUACCCAAGCUAACGCGGUGCAGCGGACAGAUAGUCAUGUCGUAGAUAUUUUCUGGCGUUUGGAAACAACCACUGCGGGCUAGAAUAAGCUCAAUUUCCGUUUCGCAGCCACUGAAUUGAAGCUGUUUUUUGUGGCUCGAUAUAUUCUUUGAGCAUGAUACCAACGGUACGAUUUUACGCGACGCAGUCUUUGACUUUGGAUCAGCCCCGCAUUCUCCACCGACCAUAAGUGAGAAGGUACACGCCAUCGCUCAAUAAUGUAAGUCAACGUUUACGUUUAACGACUAACUCGGCGCUAUUUUACUUCCUUGAGAAAUUUACCGUGAAAAUUAGUUUUUCGGAGAGAUAAUUGUAGACUGAAAAAAUGAUAACACAAUACUAGUUGUAAAUACGCCAAAGUAAUUCAAUUAUCAAGUUUAACUGCAAACGUAAAUAUAUUUUUGAUGUAUCUUGUUUAUGCCAGUCUCAAUCCCAAUUUUCAUUUUAAGGGGCUUUACGCCAGUCCAAAUCAAAGUUUUCUCAGUUUCGAAGGGAUCUUUAGCCAUAGAUUUUUUACUGUUUUAGUUGAAAUCCCGUGUUGACAACCGAGAAGUCGGGAUGUACUAUUUACACAGGUGUUCUGUAUUUGCAUAAUGGCUGAACGGGCAAGGGCCAAUUCCACAACACAACACGUUCACGAUCAGCAAAUGUUGUUACUAUUACCGAACCAUAAAAGUAAAUUCCUACUAAGAGCGAAAAAAUAAUAGUUACAAUACAGAAAAACUAUUUAAAGCGACUGCAAAAUGAAAUUAAUGAAAAGCGAUGAAAACGAAGCUGCUUACCAAAUGCUGAGGAUAACAGGGUUGGUGGUCAGGGCCACCGAGGAAAAAAAUCUACUUCCACUAAUGCUGUUACACUAAUAGACACGUAAACUGGUAAGAAAAAAGGGCGAGACAUACAAACUAUAACGAAAUUUACAUACAGCACGUAACAAAGGAGCGUAAUUAACAAAAUACCGGAGAGCGAAAAGAAAAAGAAUACACGAUAACAAGUAAGUGAGAAAACGAAAAACAAAAGGGAAAAAAUUUGCCCCAACAAUGGCUUCGUGCGGUCAAAAAAAAAAGAGUUCGUGAAGUCCUUUCCUCUACAUUGUUAAACCCAAAGGAAACGGAAUAUAUAGUGGAGGAUUUUAAAGGGGAAAUCGCUCAUCCCUUAUUCGACGUUAUGUGAAGUCUAAUAACGGUGUCAAAGGUCGAUGCGUGACGUGUAGGAAAUCAAUGUCACGACAUCAUGCAUGGAGUCUCAAUCCUUUAAGCCACUGCCAAAUUGCCGUUAACUUUAAAAAUAACGUAAGGGGAGCGACUUAGUGAUAUACCAAGCUAAAUCUCACUUGCACUUAUAAUUUUAAACUCAAUUAAUACAAAAGUAAUACGUUUUUUUUACGGUACUUUCUCGCAGUUUCAAUAUGGCGGUCAUCGAAAAAUCUUACAAAUUAGCAAACUUCGGGGCGGUCGUAUCGAAAAACUGAAAAAGAUCUCAAAGAAAUGAAAAUGAAAUAUAAAACAUCUAUUCUUAAACUGUAGAGAAAGCUUAGUCUAAGGAUAUAUUAUGGCGUACCGACCGGAGUUUUAGGCAAGUCUUUUAUGACAGUUUAGAGCGAUUCAGAAAAGGCAACGGAGUGCCUUCAACGAAAAGCUCUCUACGAGUCAUAUAGAAGACAUUAUCUGUCAUCAUAGACAAUAUUUAAUUGACCAAGGGACAAGCUAUUUAUUCAUAGUAAGAAAUUAUUUAUAGGCUUUAUCCCGCAAACUUGAAAGAGUCACGAAUAUAGUGAAAUUUCGGUUCAUCAGAGAGGUCAUUUUGGUUCAAAACGGACCCAACCGAUUUUAAUUAAUUCCCCUUAUAAACGCAAAAAUUAGACAAAGUAUCAGCGAAAACGAAUUUUGAGCUGUGUGAUUAUCUCCGAUUCUUACUGACAUUGACUCUUAAACGUUUACUGAGGUGUAGCGAUGAUAGAACUUUGUUUCUGGUCCAAAAAAUAUGCGAUUCGAUGGGUUUUUGGGCCGCAAACCGCCUUCGAGUGAACUCAGUCCAGACCGCCGGCUGUUUUUCUGAUCCUGAUCCUCUUUGAUGAUGUUCCCACAGGCCAUCCUACUCGUACCACCCGUCCUGUGGUACCCGGGGUGAAGGCAGGCACAUUGCUGAUUUAAGAUGAUUGCCAUUGCCAUAGGUCGCGCCAAAUAACUUAUAAGUAGUAAGUGACCCAUUUAAAGGGCCUUGAUGGUGAUAUCAUCAGGAAGGUUACCGACUUCUCAAAUGGGCCCAUUUCAUAAAAGAAUGUCAACAUUAAAUGGCCAGGCAAGUGGCAUUCCUUCAAUGAAAACCCGUUAAAAUUCUGACCUUAAGCCGUCACGUAUUAGACAUUAUUCGCUACGUAGCAUUAUUUUAUGUCAUUCAUGUAAUUCAUUGACUUCUGAAAUAUGUAAGUGGUAAUGAUAAAUAUAGCAAAGUUUGAAGAAUAUUAUUUGUUUGACACAGUUUUGAGAAAAAUA